AUGUCAAGCACGGGGAGCGAAGACCACUCUCAUCACCAGAUGGAACGGGCACGGACUGCAAGGGAACCAAGGCCAGACCUCUAUGGCGGGAGGCUACGGCUCUGUCUAUCGAGGACAGACUACGACACACGCGAGGACUACCGACUACGAGCCAGGACUCCUGCCACCGCGCCAGGACCCCUGCCACUCCCGUCCUGUCCUGCCAGAGCGCCCCGCUACAGCGUUGACCUGCGGGUUGAGCAUAUUCCAGGUCAGCAGAACGUCAUCGCUGACGCACUCUCACGGUUUCACAAUGAGCUCGUGAAAGAUCUCGUGCCUUCGGCGCAGAUUUUUGACUUUGAACCCCCUCGGGAUGCGCUGGGGGUGGCAGAAAAAUGA